AUUCCACACCAGUCCUCCCACCUCCCAGCGAAACACCACCACACCUCUCUUCGUAGCGGCAGCAGCAGCAACCAGCGGCAUCCAUGGCCCCCAAGGCGGAGAAGAAGCCGGUGGCGGAGAAGGCCGAGAAGACCACGGCCGGGAAGAAGACCAAGGCCGAGAAGAGGCCGCCGGCGUCCAAGGAGGGCGGCGAGAAGAAGGGAAAAAAGAAGUCCAAGAAGAGCGUCGAGACUUACAAGAUCUACAUCUUCAAGGUGCUGAAGCAGGUGCACCCGGACAUCGGCAUCUCCUCGAAGGCCAUGUCCAUCAUGAACUCCUUCAUCAACGACAUCUUCGAGAAGCUGGCCGGCGAGUCGGCCAAGCUCGCGCGGUACAACAAGAAGCCCACCAUCACGUCCAGGGAGAUCCAGACUUCCGUCCGCCUCGUCCUCCCGGGCGAGCUUGCCAAGCACGCCGUCUCCGAGGGGACCAAGGCCGUCACCAAGUUCACCUCCGCUUAGGCUAGCCUGCUCUUGCGUGUUCUUUGAAUCUGUCGACUUCUAGUCGCUGUUUUAAGAAUCUGUUGUCCGCUGUAGUUAGAUGUUCAGAGGGCACCCUCUUUUAAUUUCUUGCGACACAAUGUUUCUGGAUCUGGAGGAAAUAGUUAUGGUGUCGCUUUGAUCUGUUUAA